CGGAAACUAAUAUUAGAAACCGGAUAUCCCCUAGCAACUGAAGUCACAAGUUCUCUCUCUCAGCCAUCUUGGAAAUAGCAUCUUGAGCUGCAACCAUGCCUGGCGAAGCAACAGAAACUGUCCCUGUUACAGAGCAGGAGAUGCAGCAGCCACAAGUGGAGACGGGCUCUGGCACAGAGUCGGAGAGUGACGACUCAGUCCCUGAGCUGGAGGAACAGGAUUCAGCACAAACACAGACACAGCAAGCCCAAGUUGCGGCUGCUGCUGAAUUAGAUGAGGAACCUGUCAGUAAAGCCAAACAGAGCCGCAGUGAAAAGAAAGCACGAAAGGCAAUGUCAAAGCUUGGUCUCAGGCAGGUAACAGGUGUCACCAGAGUCACCAUUCGCAAGUCCAAAAACAUCUUGUUUGUCAUAACCAAACCAGAUGUAUACAAGAGUCCUGCGUCAGACACAUAUAUUGUAUUUGGUGAAGCUAAGAUUGAAGAUCUUUCUCAGCAAGCACAGCUGGCUGCUGCAGAAAAAUUCAAGGUGCAGGGAGAAGCUGUAUCAAAUAUCCAGGAAAAUACACAGACGCCAACAGUACAGGAGGAGAGCGAAGAGGAAGAGGUUGACGAGACUGGAGUUGAAGUCAAGGACAUUGAACUUGUCAUGUCACAAGCUAACGUGUCACGGGCAAAGGCUGUGCGUGCCCUGAAAAAUAACAACAAUGACAUUGUCAAUGCAAUUAUGGAGUUGACGAUGUAAAGAGGACCCUGGCAAGACGUGUUUUAAGUGGUUGCUGAUUCAAUAUUGGCUCAUUUAUAGAAUUUAUACCCGAGAUGGAAAUAAAGUUGUGGCUUGACAAUA